AUGACAACUGAGAAAGUACCUGAAACUUCGUCCACCUCCAAGAACGAUGCCGAAGUCUUCCAACUUGAAGCACUUUCUACAAUAUACCAGAAAUCCCUGAUGCUAAGAGCAGGUGUAUAUGAUGAAGUCAAAAGGCAUCUUCUAGAUAUCACACUUGCGAAUUUUAUAGAUGAUUCUGGAGGUCAAUUUCUCAAAUUUCGUUAA